AUAAAGUCCCGAAAUUUCCCCCUUCGUCCACGCAACCAAACAAAACCCAAUUCCAAUUCCUUUUGUUUUUGGUUUUCCUUCAAACUUCGGUUUCUUCUCUAUUAGUAAUAUAUAUAACCAAAAUUUCAUAAUUGUAUUUUUUUUAAUCAAUUUACUCACCGCUUCACCUUCUCCAAAUCAAAAGUUUUAUUUUUUGAAAUUUUCUUGGCAUUAAUCAUCCAAUCAUUCAAUAGUUUCAACUGGGUAUCACUUAAUUUCACAGUUUAAUCCUGUUUUUUUUCUUAAUUCCAAGCUCUGCCCAGCAGAACUUUCCCUUAACAACCUCCGUGGUUUGGGGAAUGGACUGGCUGCCUUUGCCUACUGUUACUGUGCGUGAAUGAUGUUCGGUAGGCAGAAGGAUUCUAACGCUUUCAGCAUAUUUAAAUGGAGAUCGCAUGGUGAUUCAACACUAACGACAGGCUUACUUAAUGACGUGCCUCCUGAGAUUCAAUUGUCCGAGUAUGGCAGGGUACCAAGUCCUGGUAGCGAGAGCCCGUCAGGUUUUCUUAAUGGUGAGAGCUUGAAUGUGGAACCAAUUGCUGAUUUGGAUCUCUUCUUUGAAAGGCUAUAUAGUUACUAUUGCGAAAAAGGGCUCUGGUGCAUUAUUAUAAAGUGGAUUGUUGAGCUAUUGAGUCUGGGUUUCACCAUCUGUUUUUCUGGAUUUUUCUUAUUAUAUGUUGAUUGGAAUGGACUUCGUAAUGCAAAGUGUGGGAUGAAUGCAGUUGAAUCUGGAAUUAAGCCCUGUGAUCUUGCUAAAGAAGCUCUUCACCAACACCCCUUAACCCCUUUAACUAUUUCAAAAGUUAUUAUUGUUGGUUACUUAGGAUUGUUUUCAAUAUACUGGAUCUUUUGUUUCUUGAGGUUUUUUGCACAACUAAGAGAUCUUCUUGGGAUUCGACACUUCUAUUACAAUAGUCUCCAUGUUACAGACAAUGAAAUCCACACCAUGCCAUGGGCAACGAUUCUUGAAAAGGUUGUGCAAUUACAAAGUUCUCAUCAACUCUGUGUAGUGAAGGAUCUCUCAGCUCAUGAUGUUGUGAUGCGGUUGAUGCGAAAGGAGAAUUACUUGAUUGGGAUGCUGAAUAAGGGAGUGCUUGCUUUUCCUCUCUCAUCAUGGGUUCCAGGCGCUGGUCCAACUGUCGAAUGUGGUCCAAAUGAAUCACAACACCGAUUAAUACUGACAAAGACCCUUGAAUGGACCUUAAAUUGGUGUAUACUGCAGAGCAUGUUUGAUCGAAACUUUUGUGUUAGAAGAGAUUUUGUAUCUAACCCUGAAAGUUUAAAGAAAAGGCUUAUGGUAGUUGGAUUUGCUAUGCUCCUUCUUUCACCAUUCCUGGUUAUAUUCAUGCUUGUGUACCUCUUCUUGAGGCAUGCAGAACAGUUUUAUAAUCAUCCAAGCACAGCAUCAUCCCGAAGAUGGUCAAAUAUGUCAAAAUGGAUUUUUAGGGAAUUCAAUGAGGUUGACCAUCUGUUCAAGCACCGGAUUAAUGGCAGUAUAAUGCAUGCUUCUGAUUAUCUGAAGCAGUUCCCCUCUCCUAAACUUUCAAUUAUUGCCAAGUUCAUAUCUUUUGUUUCUGGAGGCUUUGCUGCUAUUCUGAUUAUCAUUGCAUUUCUAGAGGAAUCUCUACUAGAGGGUCAUAUAUUUGGUCGCAACUUGUUCUGGUAUGCUGCUGUUUUUGGAACUAUAACAGCCAUCAGCCGAGCUGCCAUUGCAGAUGAACUCCUUGUCCUUGAUCCAGAAGGGGCUAUGUCUAUGGUGGUCCAACAUACUCACUAUAUGCCAAAGAAGUGGCGGGACAAAGAAAAUACUGAGACUGUCCGGAUGGAGUUUGAAAUCUUAUUUCAGUAUACUGGAAUGAUGUUACUCGAGGAGAUGGCAUCGAUAUUUCUCACUCCAUUGCUGCUUUUGUUUGUAGUCCCAAAGCGGGUGGAUGAUAUUUUACAGUUCGUUGCAGAUUUUACAGUGGACAUUGAAGGUGUUGGCCACAUAUGCAGCUUUAGUGCUUUUGACUUCCAAAACCAUGGCAAUAGCAAUUAUGGUUCACCUUAUCAUACACCACACACUCAAAGGAGCUCUCAGGGUAAGAUGGAGAAAUCGUUUUUGAGUUUUCAAAGCAGCUAUCCUUCAUGGGUACCAAAUGAUCACGGAAAGCAGUUUCUGUUGAACCUUAGAAACUUCAGGGAGCAAAAGUUGCAAGGUCAUGGAGUUAGACAAAUGUAUUCUCCUACUAGAAUAUGGCGAGGAAGCCCCACUUGGAGAGGCCCUGGAGAUAGAAACACAGGUUUCUCUAGGGAAACACAACACUUUACUCCGCGAUUUCAGUUGGGUUCUUUGUGGCUAAUUGGCGAAGAUCAAAGAAAUCACCCAUAUCUUCUUGAUUGGUAUUAUGCCUCUCAACUUCAUACUUCAGCUAAUAACACAAGAGAUAUCCCAACGACAGCGGUAGAGGCGACUGAGCAACAACCUGAUGAUUAUUGGACGCCACCUAAUUUUACUCAAAAUGGAGCAAGAUAUGGUGAUGAGUACUGGCGCCAGAAUCUUGAUGAUCGAGCAGAGUCUCACCUGGGAGCUUCAACAUCGGCUCCUUUCUUCCGAGAGAGUGUACUUCAGCAACACGAUUCCAGCAGCUUUGCACAAUCUGGUCGGAGCCACUGGUGGGCUAGAACUAAUCAACCUGGUGCACAGUCGGAAACAAGUUUCAUUGAGCCCCCUGAAUUCAACCGCUUUACUCCAAACAACUACGUCGAUAAUCUUUCAGAAAGAAGCUUGGAGGAGCAAGAAAACCACUCGGAUUCAGAUUGGGGUCCUCGAAGGCUGUCACGGACUACUUAUAUGGAUGAUGACCUUGAAGCAGGAGGAGAUAUAAAUCUUCACUUUGAUGACGUUUAUAGCAGACCACCGCUUGAGACUCCAACGGAAUAUCGAGAGCCCCCGAGCUUCUAAGUAUGACUUAUCAAUUACCUCUUUUUAGUAUUCUGUGAAGAGGUUAUUGUUAUUUAAAAUGUGGGAUGCAUACAGGUUUCCAAAAAUGUCCUGGUUUGGUUUAUUUGGUGUAAAAAGGAAACUCUGCAUUCUUUGAUGUACAUAGAUUCAUUAUGAGGUUAGAUUUUGAAGUAGGCCUCAACUCAAUUUAGAAGGGUUGCUUGUUCCAAACAGUUCAUUGUGAGCCUUCUGAAACUGUAAAAAUUAUCACAAUCCAUUGACACAUUCUAAAUCUGAUUCCAUUCAA